UUGCCUUAUUUGCGCUAGUCGCUCAGUAGCUUUGAUCAGGUGUGGAUCGUUUUGUGUGCGAUAAGAAAUUGUUAUCAACCGAAAAACCUCGAAAAUGUCUAGCAAAGCUUGUUGCCAUGGUCCCGGCUAUAAGAGCCCACUUGACGCCAUGAAAAAUGGACCUCGCGAAAAGUUGCUCUACACAGUUACUGUGCAGCCUAAUCUAGACGAGCCCCACGGUGAUUACUUAUCAACUGUCGAUGUGGAUCCCGAAAGUCCGACUUACUGUCAGGUAAUUCAUAGAACCUUUACCAAUCGCAAGGGCAAUGAGCUUCAUCACUCGGGCUGGAAUGCUUGCUCCAGCUGCUACUAUGUGGAUGAGAAUUCUAAGCAGAUACCGAAGCGUGACAAACUUAUACUGCCCUCGCUUAUGUCCGAUUUCAUUUACGUAGUGGAUGUGGCGACUGAUCCACGCAAACCUUCUUUAUACAAGACCAUAGAUGGAGAUGUGUUCAAGCAACAUAACGUAACUGCGCCGCAUACAACGCAUUGUCUGGCUGAUGGCAAUGUAAUGAUUUCAACACUGGGCGAUGCUGAGGGUUAUGCCAAGGGCGAUUUUAUUCUCUUCGAGACGAAUAAUUUCAAUUGUGUCGGCACGUGGACCAAGGGCAACCAAGUGGCAUUAUGCGGAUAUGACUUUUGGUAUCAACCAUAUUUUGAUGUAAUGGUAUCAACGGAAUGGGGAGCACCCAAUAAGUUUAGACGCGGUUGGCGUACCGAAGAUCUCGACGAUAUGACACAAUAUGGUUGUCGAUUGAAUUUUUACAAAUGGUCAACGCAUACGCUAUACCAAACCAUUGAUUUGGGUGAGGACGGUACAACACCAUUAGAAGUUCGUUUUAUGCACAAUCCCAAACGUCCGGAUGGAUUUGUUGGCUGCUGCUUGAAUGCAAAUAUAUACUAUUUCAAAAAGAAACCCGAUUCCGAUGAAUUUAUAGCAAAAAAAGUUAUUGACAUACCUGGAAAGUUGAUUUCAAUUGAUGGUGGCAAGCCUGAAACUAUGAAUGGCAUGGUUUCCGACAUACUGCUCUCUUUGGAUGACAAAUAUCUCUAUGUAAAUUGUUGGCUGCCCGGUGAUCUGCGUCAAUAUGAUGUUACUGAUCCAGAAAAUCCACGCCUAACCGGUCAAUUGUUUUUGGGAGGUUUUGUUUGUGACGACUGGAAGAAUGUGGAAGUGCUUGAAGAUAAAGAACUCACCAAGCGUCCCGAACCACGCAUUGUUAAAGGCCGCAGACUCGAGGGAGGACCGCAAAUGCUGCAACUUUCUUUGGACGGCAAACGUUUGUACGUUUCAUCUUCACUUUUCUCACCAUGGGAUAAGCAGUUCUAUCCGAAGAUGGUUGAGAAAGGCGGAACCAUAAUUCAAAUUGACAUUGAUGUCGUUAAUGGUGGCUUAAAGUUGAAUGAGGAUUUCCUAGUUGACUUCGGUAAUGAACCAUAUGGACCGGCAUUACCCCAUGAAAUGCGUUAUCCAGGGGGUGACUGCACCUCCGACAUUUGGUUGGCUAACGAUGAAAAAUGAGUUUUGUAAAAUAUAGGAGUCAAUCCUAUCGUCAAUUCGCUGUAAAUUUCAGUAAAAAAUUACGGAAAUCAACGCAUUGCAAACAAUUACAUAUACAUAUAUCUCAUUCAUAGCAUGAAAGAUGGCUCUAUGUGUCAAGAAUGGCUUUCUAAAUGUGCAAUUUUCGUUUUUGCAAACUUCAUUCGAAAUGAAUUGUCAAUUAUGUAAUGCGAAAUUUUAAUGAAUACAUUUUAAAAUGAA